AUGAGUCCCCUACCACAGCAGACAGAUUUGGAAUUCUAUAAUUUUCUCCAAGAGCAGCAAGAGCCAUUUGCCUUACAAGUUUACCUUGUCGAAAGAGGCCUUACCUUUCACAAUUCUGCUAAAUAUGUGGCGCCAAACUGCUCAUACUUUGUUCGAGCUGCAUUCAGCCGCCUCGUCAUGGCUAAUGCCAAUGGGGGCCGGAGAAAUUUCCUUAGCGCGAAGAAGGAGAGCGCCUCUUGCUCGGAAUCUGAUGCCGGUGGCUCACAUUGUUCCGAGUCAGCUAUUAGACUGUUCGUUAAAUGUGGGAAUUGCUUCUUCGAUAGAGAGGUUGAAGAUGCAGACACAAAUUCCAAAUCGAGAGCUGAGGAAGAAGACAGCAAGCAGCAACUGAGUCCAGUCUCCGUCUUGAGAGAAACAGAUUUAGAUCAAGAUUCACCAAUUUAUUACAAGCAAUGCAGCAUCAAAACCUUAAGCUCAACAACACAAUGCAAAUUGAAGCAACCACAACUUUAUGUUGUCAGAAAAUCAAGAGGACCAGAGCGAUGCAACAAAUACAUUAUAAACAAGAUGGCAUUGGACCAAAUAGUGCGGCAAGAAUUGAUAGAAAAGAACAAGGAAAAAGGAGAGAAUGCUGUUGUUGAGCAGCAAAAAUGGGAGAUUUCCAUGGAGAUUGAGAACGAUAUACUUGAAAAUGUUAUACAAGAUAUUGUAAUAACAUGGCCGGAUUGGAAGUAUUUCGUGGCAUAAAUUUCGUGAUGUCAAAGUUAAGAAUUUAAAUAAUGCAAUUACUUAUGUUUCGAGCGCAUCGAGCAAAGAAUGAAAUCCAGAAAAAUAUACAAAUACUAAGAAAGAAUAUUUAACUUAAACUUCGUCAGCCUCAAAAUCAAUAAAAAAACAUAAGCAACAUAUAAAUGGUAGGAGUAUAUCUUCAGUGACUGCGUCAAAUAUAUACACAAUCAAGGAAGCUUAGUAUAAACUCCACCCAUUUAAACCGACCUCCCCUUCUAAGAGUGAGAUG